GCGGGGAGAAGCCCGCCAGCGCCCGGACAAAAGCCAGGUCCCCGGCGACUGCGGGAGGCUGGAGCGCUCCUAGCAGUGGGCGGUGACUUGCGGCCUGUAGCCUGAACGCCGCACACAGACUUUCUCGGAGAGGUAGCGCAGGGCCUUCUGUAGCCAUGUCGGCCAAGGCGAUUUCUGAGCAGACAGGCAAAGAACUCCUCUACAAGUACAUCUGCACCACCUCAGCCAUCCAGAACCGCUUCAAGUACGCCCGGGUCACCCCUGACACAGACUGGGCCCGGCUGUUGCAGGACCACCCGUGGCUGCUCAGCCAGAGCUUGGUGGUCAAGCCAGACCAGCUGAUCAAACGGCGUGGAAAGCUGGGCCUAGUUGGGGUCAACCUCACUCUGGAUGGAGUCAAAUCCUGGCUGAAGCCACGCCUGGGACAGGAGGCUACAGUUGGCAAGGCCACAGGCUUCCUCAAGAACUUCCUGAUCGAACCCUUCGUCCCACACACUCAGGAGGAAGAGUUCUACGUCUGCAUCUACGCUACCCGAGAAGGGGACUAUGUCUUGUUCCACCACGAGGGUGGGGUGGACGUGGGCGACGUGGAUGCCAAAGCCCAGAAACUGCUCGUUGCCGUGGAUGAGAAGCUGAAUCCCGAGGACAUCAAGAAACACCUGCUGGUCCACGCCCCUGAAGACAAGAAAGAAAUUCUGGCCAGCUUUAUCUCCGGCCUCUUCAAUUUCUAUGAGGAUCUGUACUUCACCUACCUCGAGAUCAACCCCCUUGUCGUGACCAAAGAUGGCGUCUACAUCCUUGACUUGGCCGCCAAGGUGGAUGCCACUGCUGACUACAUCUGCAAAGUGAAGUGGGGUGACAUAGAGUUCCCGCCCCCCUUCGGACGGGAGGCUUACCCAGAGGAAGCCUACAUCGCAGAUCUGGACGCCAAAAGCGGGGCAAGCUUGAAGCUGACUUUGCUGAAUCCCAAGGGGAGAAUCUGGACCAUGGUGGCUGGAGGGGGUGCCUCUGUCGUGUACAGUGACACCAUCUGCGACCUGGGGGGUGUCAACGAGCUGGCGAACUACGGGGAGUACUCGGGCGCCCCCAGCGAGCAACAGACCUAUGACUAUGCCAAGACGAUCCUCUCCCUUAUGACCCGCGAGAAGCACCCAGAUGGCAAGAUCCUCAUCAUCGGAGGCAGCAUUGCAAACUUCACCAACGUGGCUGCCACAUUCAAGGGCAUCGUGAGAGCAAUUCGAGAUUACCAGGGUCCCCUGAAGGAGCACGAGGUCACGAUCUUUGUCCGAAGAGGUGGCCCCAACUAUCAGGAGGGCUUACGGGUCAUGGGAGAAGUCGGGAAGACCACCGGGAUCCCCAUUCACGUCUUCGGCACCGAGACUCACAUGACGGCCAUCGUGGGCAUGGCCCUGGGCCAUCGGCCCAUCCCCAAUCAGCCGCCCACAGCGGCCCACACCGCCAACUUCCUCCUCAACGCCAGCGGGAGCACUUCAACUCCGGUCCCCAGCAGGACAGCAUCUUUUUCUGAGUCCAGAACUGAUGAGGUGGCCCCUGCCAAGAAGGCCAAGCCUGCCAUGCCCCAAGAUUCAGUCCCAAGUCCAAGACCCCUGCAAGGAAAGAGCGCCACCCUCUUCAGCCGCCACACCAAGGCCAUUGUGUGGGGCAUGCAGACCCGGGCUGUGCAGGGCAUGCUGGACUUCGACUACGUCUGCUCCCGUGACGAGCCCUCGGUGGCUGCCAUGGUCUACCCGUUCACCGGGGACCACAAACAGAAGUUUUACUGGGGUCACAAGGAGAUCCUGAUCCCAGUCUUCAAGAACAUGGCUGAUGCCAUGAAGAAGCACCCGGAGGUAGACGUGCUAAUCAACUUCGCCUCCCUGCGCUCAGCCUAUGACAGCACCAUGGAGACCAUGAAUUACACUCAGAUACGGACCAUCGCCAUCAUAGCCGAAGGCAUCCCUGAGGCCCUCACGAGGAAGCUGAUCAAGAAGGCGGAGCAGAAGGGAGUGACCAUCAUUGGACCUGCCACCGUUGGUGGCAUCAAGCCCGGGUGCUUUAAGAUCGGGAACACUGGCGGAAUGCUGGACAACAUCCUGGCCUCUAAGCUGUACCGCCCAGGCAGUGUGGCCUACGUCUCGCGUUCGGGAGGCAUGUCCAACGAGCUCAACAAUAUCAUCUCUCGAACCACGGAUGGCGUCUACGAGGGCGUGGCCAUUGGUGGGGACAGGUACCCCGGCUCAACGUUUAUGGAUCACGUGUUACGUUAUCAGGACACUCCAGGAGUCAAGAUGAUUGUGGUUCUCGGAGAGAUAGGGGGCACGGAGGAGUAUAAGAUCUGCCGGGGCGUCACGGAGGGCCGCAUCACCAAGCCCGUGGUCUGCUGGUGCAUCGGGACCUGUGCGGCCAUGUUCUCCUCCGAGGUCCAGUUCGGCCACGCUGGAGCUUGUGCCAAUCAGGCUUCCGAAACUGCAGUUGCCAAGAACCAGGCCUUGAAGGAGGCCGGAGUGUUUGUGCCCCGGAGCUUCGAUGAGCUUGGAGAAAUCAUCCAGUCCGUGUACGAGGAUCUUGUGGCCAGAGGAGUCAUUGUACCUGCUCAGGAGGUUCCGCCCCCCACGGUACCCAUGGACUACUCUUGGGCCCGGGAGUUGGGCUUGAUCCGCAAACCUGCCUCGUUCAUGACCAGCAUCUGUGACGAGCGAGGACAGGAGCUUAUCUACGCAGGCAUGCCCAUCACCGAGGUCUUCAAGGAGGAGAUGGGCAUUGGCGGGGUCCUCGGCCUCCUCUGGUUCCAGAAAAGGUUGCCCAAAUACUCUUGCCAGUUCAUAGAGAUGUGCCUGAUGGUGACAGCUGAUCACGGGCCUGCCGUCUCUGGGGCUCAUAACACCAUCAUCUGUGCUCGGGCCGGCAAGGACCUGGUCUCCAGCCUUACCUCGGGACUGCUCACCAUCGGCGACCGGUUUGGGGGUGCCCUGGAUGCAGCAGCCAAGAUGUUCAGCAAGGCCUUUGACAGUGGCAUCAUCCCCAUGGAGUUCGUGAACAAGAUGAAGAAGGAAGGAAAGCUUAUCAUGGGCAUUGGUCACCGAGUAAAGUCGAUCAACAAUCCAGACAUGCGCGUGCAGAUUCUCAAAGAUUAUGUCAGACAGCACUUCCCUGCCACCCCCCUGCUCGACUACGCGCUGGAAGUAGAGAAGAUUACCACCUCCAAGAAACCAAACCUUAUCCUGAAUGUAGAUGGUUUAAUUGGAGUCGCAUUUGUGGACAUGCUUAGACACUGCGGGUCCUUCACUCGGGAGGAAGCUGAUGAAUAUAUUGACAUUGGAGCCCUCAACGGCAUCUUUGUGCUGGGAAGGAGUAUGGGCUUCAUUGGACACUAUCUUGAUCAGAAGAGGCUGAAGCAGGGGCUCUACCGUCACCCAUGGGAUGAUAUUUCAUAUGUUCUUCCGGAACACAUGAGCAUGUAACAGAGCCAGGAACCCUAUUACAAUAAAGUGAUGAUGAGAACUCUUACCCUUGGGAAAUAGCCACAGACAUCUGGCACUGGAGCUUGCUUAAAGGAUGGGCCUGGAGUAUAAACAGCCCCCAGUGUACAGACAUUGAAGACCAACAUCCACAGGCUAACACUGUUCAGUCUACACAAAGAAGCUUAAUAUUUUUUUUUAUAAGCAUAGAAAUAAGAACCCAGCCAAUACUUGUGACAUUUGCUCUGCUACCUGCUAUAUUUAUUAUAUGGAAGCAUCUAAGCACUGUCAGGAUAGUGUUCUUCCUCAUUGGAGGGUGUUACAAAUGUUGCUUUCUUUUACGUUUUCCAUUAGCUUAAAAAAAAAAAAGGUUUUCCCUUGAAGGAAGGGAAUGAUACUUUUAAGACCUCAAGAUACUUUCUAUUUAAAGGACCUCUACCCCUAAUAUCUUAUUUUUUCCCUUUUCUUCCUCAUAUAACCUGAAUAGCAUUGUAUUAAUCUGAUUUUUUUUUUUUUAAGAUCUUUUUGUAUGUUGUGUGUUAGGAGUUUGUUUGGUAUCUCCCUGUUGCAGACCAGCGUCUGCUUGUGUCAGGGGGAAUGGGGCCACUGUGUCCUUAGCCAUUGUUACAGAGUAUGGGGAGUGGUCAUUUAAAAUGUAAACUUGUAACAUACAUAUGUUUAAAAUGGAAGCGCAAAGCAAAAAGCUGUGAAAUGUCUUGUGUCUUAUGUUCUCUGUAUUUAUGCACCUGACUUUUGUCUGUUAUUGACUCUUCUCCAGCCAGUUUGUAUCUGUAAUCCACAAAGAUUCCAGGCAGCUGCCACCUCAGUCUUUCCUCUGUAUUAUCAUAGUUUGGUUUAAAUAAACUCUAU